UCCCAAGCGUUGACGUUUCCCCCGCAAGGACGCAAGCACCCAGACGCUCGAUCCCCUUCCUCUCGUCACCGGAGACUGGCGGGGCGCCCCGCGGCCCCCGCCGGGCAGAUGUCCUUGCCGAUCUGCCGCUUCCCCGAGGCCCCGGCGUCGCCCCGGAGGCCGGCCGCACUCGACGACGACCUCCUGGAGGAGAUCCUCCUCCGGAUCGCCUGCCCCGCGGACCUCGCCCGCGCCUCCGCCGCGUGCGCCACCUUCCGCCGCCUCGUCACCGACGCUACCUUCCUCCGCCGGUACCGCUCCCUCCACCCGCCGCUCCUCCUCGGCUUCAUCGAGACCGUGUCCUCUGGCUUCCAACCCGCCGAGGCGCCCCACCCCAACGCCGCCGCCGCGCGUUCCAUCGCCUGCCCCGCCGACGGCUUCUCCUUCGACUACCUCCCUCCCACCAGAUGGAAUUGGAACCUGUGGGACGCCUGCGACGUCCGCGACGGCCGCGUCCUCCUCAAGAGCAGCCCUAUGUGCAUGAUGGGCUAUGGGGGCGUCAACUUCCCGGAACUCGUCGUGUGCGACCCCUUGUUCCGGCGGUACCAGCUGCUGCCUCCCAUUCCCGACGACCUCCUCGCCUCCGUCCAUGUUCAGCAGCAAAAUUUCCCAUCGUUCGAGGCCUUCCUUGUUCCUUCUGGAGAAGAGGAGGAUGGGACAUCGUUCAGAGUGAUUGGCAGGGCACAUCGCGCGAUCAAGUCUGUGGUAUUUGUCUUCUCUUCAGGCUCUGGCCUAUGGAGUGUCGGCACCACGUGGGACGAUCUUAACUUAGGAGGCUCCAUACUUCUUUGUCGCUGUUAUGCGUAUGGCUACAUCUACUGGAAAGUGAUGCGGGCAAACAAGUUACUCAAGCUCGACAUCAACAAAAUGGAUUUCUCCAUUAUUGACCUCCCGCCUCACUAUGACGAGCGUGAUGUUAUCAUUGUGGAGGCGGGAAAAGGCAGGGUUGGGGUGUUUAGCCAUAUUAAGUUUGCCACGUCCGUGUAUCAUGCCAUUCAGGAAAAGGAGGGCAAGAUUGCUGAUGGGUGCCAGUCGGAGAUGAUAACACAUUUACCUGCCAGUUAUGAUUUUUGCAUGGUUGGUGGUGCAGCUGAAGGGUACAUAUGCUUUGUAGGCUUUCCAAAAGAUCGCAGGGUAGAUGCAGCAAGCUUCUCACUUCAGGUUAAUACAUUGAAGAUUGAGAUGGUCUGUAGGAUGAUGUUCCAGUCAUUUUAUAUUCAUCCGUAUUUCGGGUACCCACCAUCCAUGUCGCCGAGAAGGAUAUGAAGUGGUCUGUAGCAAUGGACUGGAAGCAAAUGUUUCAAAUUUAUCCACAUCCUUAUCAUGUUGUUGCAAAUUGAUCAUUCAUGGUAAUGCCUGCCAUUCUCACGCAAGGUUUCUAAAUAUUAAAUAAGUGUCAAUCUUCUAAGACCUUAGCACUUGCUUGGCAUGGAUUUCUGGAAAUUCGUAUGUUCUAGUGCUUGUAUUUGUGACUGUGACAAGCUAGCCUGCUUGCAGUAUAAAGUCGCCAAUUAUAUUGUGAUUUGUAAGGACAAAUGAGCUGACUAGUUGUAAUACCAAAUAACAUCAUUAGCUUUCACAAAAACAUGGCCCUCCGAGCAUACUUGCCGUAAAAAACAGUGUGCCCAGGUUCAGCCAUCUAGGCUUUGUGGUCUUCUGUCUGUUCUUAUGCACUUGUCAGGCUCCAAAUCUUGUUCUUUGUUCAAUCUAUCUAGGAUGACUCGAAAAGUAAAUUUGUUGGAGCAACAGCAUUUAACCUUUGUAAUCUUUUGUAAGUGCCCUUUGAUGAUGAUGCUUGUUUAAUUCGAGGUGUUUUAAACUUUUAAUAUUUGUCUGACUUAAAAAACAGUGUUAUGCACCUUUCUAUUUGUGUACUGCUUUUGAGUGAAUCAGCUAAACUGUACCCUCCACCCUUUUCCAUGAAGUUGGAAAUUGGAAUUAUGCAUUGGCAUUGAAACUGUAAAGGUUACAUGUUUUCUCUGCAUUUGCAAUGGUGGAUUUAUGUUCUAAAUGCAGAUAUCAGUUGCAGGGCUAAAUGGCAUCCAGGUCAGGGGCUCCUCCAUUCACAUGCUACUGUGGGGGAGCUAGGCAAUGAUGAUUCAGGUUUUUGUAUUGCACUUCUAGGUGUUAUAUAAUCCUGUACUCAACUGAUAUUGUCAGUUGAAUCCUGUUCACUCUGAUGUCUAUCGAACUUAGCUGUUGUACAUAUUUGUUACUGAUCCAUGUUGCAUGCAUGAUGUACUUUACUCCAUGUAUCAACUAUUAGUGGCAACUUUUGUGGGCUUCGUAUGUUACAGAAUUUAGCGUGGACAUGUCUAUUAUACCCCGGCUAUGGAAAUCACGCAGUAAUAUACGUACUUUGCACCUAA